UGGGGGCGGGGUCCUCUCUUUAAGUGAGCGGAAGUCUCGUGCGGCUGAGAUCUCGGACAGUCUCGUGCGGCUGAGAUCUCGGAAGGCGGCGGGACGUUGUGUUGUUGUGUUAGCCGUUAGCUGUUAGCUGCUCUGAGGGUUAAAGAGACUCUUCUUCAGGACGAUGGGAGACAGCGAUGACGAGUUCGACAGGAGGAGGCGGGACAAAUUCAGGAGAGAGAGGAGCGACAUGGAGCGGUCGAGAGAGAGGGAGGAGAGGAGGAGGGACGACUGGCCCGACAGGGACUGGGAUCGCGGCAGAGAGAGGAGGCGGGAUUACGAUCGUGGUCGCAGAGAGCGGUUCUCUCCCCCCCGACACAUCAGCCCGCAGCACAAGCGCAUGAGGAGGGACUGGGACGACCACCGGGGGGAGCCGUACCGCUUCGACCUGCCCUACGGAGGAGGCGGGCCUCCGUUUCCAGGGGUGGGGCCUCAGGGCUGGCACCCUGACCUCCCACACCUCCACCCUCACCACGGAGGUCACCCGCUGCAGGGCAGGCUGGGGAUGGUGGACCCAGACCUCCCUCCUCCUGGUCCCCCUGUCAUGAGGAGCUUUAAGGAGUUCCUGCUGAACAUGGAGGACAGCGUGGACGAGACGGAGUCGGUGAAACGCUACAACCAGUACAAACUGGACUUUAGACGGCAGCAGCUGCAGGACUUCUUCCUCCAGCACAAAGACCAGGAGUGGUUCCGCUCCAAGUACCACCCCGAUGACAUCACCACCAAGAAGGCGGAGUCUCUGGCUGCCCUCAAGACGCGGCUUGGCGUCUUCCUCUUCCUGUUCGACAACAACUGGUUCGACAGCGUGUCGCUGGACAUGGAGCACGCCCCCGCCAUCAUCAAACUACUGGACGCAGCGGUCAUAAAGAUGGAGGGGGGCACUGCCCUGGAUCUGCAGGUCCUGGAGGUACCAAUGGCCCCUGCAGGGUCUGGAGAGGAGGCCAGCAGCAGCGGGGGACCAGGAGGACCAGGGGGACCAGGAGGACCAGGGGGACCAGGAGGAGGAGGAGGAGGAGGAGGAGGAGGAGGAGGAGGAGGAGUGGAGGAGAAGAAUCAGAGAGAUCCCAGUGAAGGAACUGUGAGCGCUCAAAUGGGCUCCGAGCCGAUGGAGAGUCAGACCGAAGAGACGAAGAGAGGAGAACCGGGAGAGACUAAAGUCUGUGAGAAGGACUCUGAGGGCGAGACCAAGCAGAACGGAGACAAGGACAAGGAGGAGGAGGAGGAGGGCGAGGAGGGCGAGGAGGGCGAGGAGCAGAAGGACGAAGAGGAGGAGGAGGAGGAGGAAGAGGAGGAGGAGGAGGAGAAGGAGAAGGAGAAGGAGAAGACCACAAAGAAAGGCAGAAAGAGGAAACGCAGCGUGUCGGCCGACAGCGGCGAGGGCAGCGCCUCUGAUUCAGACUCCUCCCACUCUGACGGAGAGAAGGAGGAGGAUGAAGAGAAGGAGGAGGAGGAGGAGGACGGAGAGGACGAGCGUCGUAAGGAGCGAGGGAAGGCGAGAGAGAAGGCGAGAGAGAAGGAGGUUCCAACUAAGCCCCGCCCCCUUCACCUCACCACUUCCCUGUUCAUCAGAAGCAUCCCGCCAGAGGUGUCCAAGGAGGAGAUCACUGCUCUGUGUCGCAGGUACCCGGGCUUCCUGCGGGUGGCGCUGUCUGAUCCUCAGCCUGAGAGGAGGUUCUUCAGGCGGUGCUGGGUGACGUUUGAUCGCAGUGUGAACAUAAAGGAGACGUGCUGGAACCUUCAAAACAUCAGGCUCAGGGACUGUGAGCUGUCCCCGGUGGUGAACAGAGAUCUGUGUCGGCGUGUUCGAGCCGUUAACGGUCUGACCCACCACAAACCCGUGGUCAGGAACGACAUCCGGCUCUCAGCAAGACUCGUGCACAGUCUGGACCAGAAGGGGGCGCUGUGGACCGGAGAGAUGGAGACUAACCCGGUCCUGAAGAACAUCACAGAUUACCUGAUAGAGGAGGUGAGCGCUGAGGAGGAGGAGCUAACACGAGCCUCGGGGGCCAAUGACGAUGGGGCAGACGGAAAAGACUCCGCCUCCUCUGAGGUUACCGUGGAGAUAGACGACAAGUUGCUAAAGGUGCUGGACCGGCUGCUGCUCUACCUGCGUCUGGUCCACUCUGUAGAUUAUUAUAACUUCUGUGAGUACCCUGCUGAGGACGAGAUGCCUCAUCGCUGUGGCCUGAUCCACGUACGAGGACCCCUACCUGUGGCCAAGAUCACUGCAACCGAGGGUACGCACGCACACACACACACCC